CCUACCAAGUGGGAGCAGUUUGCAAAGUCGAAAGGGAUUAUCAAGCACAAGAAGAACAAGCGUGCAUGGGAUGAGCAAACUAAUUCCUGGAAGCGGACGUAUGGCUAUGAUCGUGUUAAUGAUGACAGAGACGUUCCCAUCAUUGAAGCCAAAUUGACAGACGAGCCUGGUGUUGAUCCUUUUGCUCAAAGAAGGGAAGAGAAGAAGGGCAGGGUCGAUAAACAAGAAAAGAACAGACUUGGGAAUUUGAAGAAUGCUGCAAAAGUUGGUGCUCUGCCAAGUCAUAUACAGCUCGCUGCCACGUCCGUGCCCAUCACAGGAACUAAAGCUGAUCUGCCAAGAAAAGCUAAGAAGGAAGACCUCGAGAAUGUCGCUGGUAUGGCUUCUGCAGCAACAGCUAGCGGUGGAAAGUUUGAUAAAAAGUUGCCUGGUGAGAAACCUCUCAAGAAGGCUGGCAAAAACAGAAAGUUCCUCCCUGUUGUUGAAGGGAAAGGAAUGGGCAACCUAGAGAAACAGCAAAACGACAAGAUCCUGAACAGUCUACUGGCCAAGAACUUCGAGGAACCAUUGGAUGUCAGCAAGGCAAUCACGAUGUACAAGGUGAAGAAGGACAACAAGAGGAGGAAAGACAAGCAAUCAUCGUCGUCGUCCGGAUCAAAUAAGUUGAAGCCCCAGAAGAAAAUCCACAAGAAAUCUUCAAAGAAAAGCGCUUAGGUCCCUCCACAUCAUCGUUGAGACAUGCCGUGCUGUAGGCGGCGAGCGCAGUCUCCAAGCAUCAAGGAUAGUCUUGGCAAAUUUUGUAUGGUCAUUGUCCUGUUUAAGUCCCAAGGGAGAAAUAUUGUUAUUCCGGUUACCACUGGUUAUGAUAUGACGCAAGAAGCUGAGUGCCGUGAUGACAUAGCUGUACACGUAUUGUAUUUUCAGAAGUUUGGGAAAUGUUUCUGGAAA